CGAUAUGCAUGUAUUUUCCGGAUUUUGCUCAAAUCAAAAUCAGCCACGCCCACCCAACAAACAACAAGCGACAGUUGGACAGUUGCGCGUGACAGACUCGACGACACGGCGCCUGCUGUCCAUCCUUCAUCCACACUUCCAUUGUUGCCUCGGCACGCGCUUGUUGGCCUGUCAUUGACGGCCCUCGAAUCCAGCAUCGGCGUGACUGCCAUGUUCGAUGUGUACGUGUCGUUCCGAGGGGACGAGGCCAACAAUGCUGCGCAUGCUUUGAAGGCAGCUCUCGAGCGACGUGCCCUGAGCGUGUUCCUUGGGCCCAGCGGAGCGGUGGGCGCCCUGAAGGAGAGUGCAAAGACCGCGCUCAGCGAGUGCUGUUUGGUUGUCGCCAUGGGCACGAGCAUGUAUGGCCAAGAUGACCCGGCCAGUACCUGGAACACCAGCGUCGAACUGUCUCAGAUGGUCCAGCAAAGCAAGCCGUUCUUCCUCAUCAAGAUGUGCACGAAGCUCCUUGUGCCGAGUGCAAAGGCCCACUUCACCAAGGACACUGUCCACUGCCGCUGGUUCCCAGACGAGGACGACGGCAGGGACAUCCGCGUCCCGAACACGCUCCUGCAGCAGAUUGCCGAUGCGCUUGAGGCCAUUCGAGAGAGCCCCGUGCAGAUGGAAACCGUCGACAUGGAAGGCAACGACGUGUAUGAUCUUGGGCGUGCGGAUGAGAGUGACGACGACACAUUUCGCGUGUACGAGCAGCCAAAGCCCUUUCUGCUGGUGAAGGACACAGGCGGAAGUGUUGCUGAAACAUGCGUUGAUGGCGACAACAUCGGCAACAACAGCAGGGCAAGCGCCAUCACCGACAUGCCACAGCAGCAUCAGCAGCAGCACGAGGAGCAGCACAUGCAGCCCGCGAUGCCGCUUGCACAGAAUGCCCUGUACGACAACGUCGAAGGCAACAGCGCAAAUGUCUUCACCGACAUGCCACAGCAGCAGCAUCAGCAGCACGAAGAGGGGUAUAUGCAGCCCGCGGUGCCGCUUGCACAGACCACCCUGUACGACAACGUCGAAAACAGCCACCAGAGCGAUGGGGAAGAGGAAGAAGAAGAGGCUCUGUACUCGGAUCCAGACGCCGGUCUCCUCUUCUUGCACGAACGCAGCCGGAACCACCCACACCUGCCCCUACCCCCGGCCCCACCCAAGCGCAACGCGUCCAAGGACAACGACCGCGUGUCAAAGGGUCUGCCGUCGUUUGUCAUGAACCCGAUGCUGCAGGACCUUCGCUUGCUCGACUCUGAAGUUGCGGACAGUGAUGUGGCUGUCAAGCGCAGCCGCUGCUGGCCGUGCAGCCGACUGCUGCUGCUCGUGGCGGUUGCGGCUCUCGUGGCCGCGGCUGUCGCCGUCCCUGUCGCCCUUGUUGCUGUUCCCGCAAUCAGCGCAAGCAGCAGUACCGGUGGUGGCGCCACGACGACUCCCACAGCAACAACGAAGACUGCCACCACCACGACCACCACCAUAACGACUCCCACAGCAACAACGAAGACAACGACGACAACCACCAGCACGACCAUCACCACAACGACCACCACCACCACGUGCGUUGCGCCGUUUGCACUUGACUGUAGCAACGCCACCGUCGUUGGCUGGUUCUCCGGCGCCAACUACUGUGAAGCGACGACAGUGCACAACUGCUGCUGCGAUGAGGCAGCCCGUCUGCAGCACAUUGGCGUCGUGGAUGUCUCGCCUGCCACAGAGGCGCUUUCAUUUGGAAAUGUGACCACCGUCGGGUCAGUCGCGGCGCAGGGCGGCACGGCACAGGGCGGCCAGCUGGCCUCUGUGCAGUUUGAGCGUGUUCGCAGCGUCUCCUCCAGCAUCGACCUCUCCAACAACGUCAUCACCGAGAUUGACUUUGGCGCGCUGACGCACGUGGGUCUGGGUGUCAACUUGAACGGCAACGACCUGCGUGUCCUCGACCUUUCCUCCGUGCGCAGUGUUGGCGCUGACCUGAAUGUUGGGUCCAACCCCUCCCUCACCAGCAUCGACUUUGGCCUCCUCACGACGGUGGGCGGGGUGGUGAGCAUCAACGCAGUGAACAGCCUCAACACGCUCACCCUUGGUAACAUCCAGACUAUUGGGAGUGACCUGCUCAUCCAUUCCAACCCGGGCCUGACAAGCAUCAACUUCAGCCGCCUGUCAACUGUUGGCGGGAUGCUGUACUUUGUCUCAAACAGAGCCCUCACCAGCCUUGACUUCUCCGGCAGCAACCUCACCCGUGUGGACGGGAUUGCGUACUUUGAAUUCAACACAGCGCUCACUAGCAUCGACUUUGGGUCCAUCACAAGCCUGGGGGGCCGCAUGUACUUCUCUGGAAACCCCAUCAACCACAUCCGGUUUGGUGCGCUGGCCACUGUUGGCGGGGACGUGGGCAUCGGCAACAUGCAGUGGCUUGACUUUGGAGCGCUCUCACACGUGCAAGGUCGGCUGUCACUCGGGACCAACCGCGUCUCCCUCAAGGACGGUGCGCUCCUUGAUAAUUUGCAGAUUGCCUACAGUGGCGUCAGGUUCAUCCGCUUUGGCAACGUCACCAGCGCCGCUCAGCUGCAGUUUGACAACAACUCUGGGCUUACCAUCGUCAGCUUCCCUUCACUCGGCACAUGCAGUACCAUCUUCCUGCGGAACAAUCCCAGGGUCACGAGCAUUGACCUCCGCUCCCUCACCCGCACCGGCAGCUUUCUGUUCCAGAACAACCCGAUGCUCACAAGCGUGCUGAUACCCGCCCUGACAAGCGUUUUGGGUUAUCUUCGCCUGAACAACAACGCCGUCACUAAUUUGUCCUUGGGUGCUCUCACGAGCGUGUCUUCCCUCUAUCUGCAGCAGAACGCGCUCACGCGUGUGGACUUUGGCAGCCUUACAGCCGUGACAGACCACCUCGAUCUCAACAGCAACGCCCUGACCAGCCUCCACUGUGGUAACAUUACCUCAAUUGGCCGGAACGUUGACGUCAGCAGCAACCCCGGCCUGACCAGCAUCGACUUUGCCAACGUGGUUGACAUUGGUGGCAGCGUUGACCUCAGCAAUAACCCCGCCCUCACCAGCAUCCGCUUUGGCAAGCUGUCCUUCGUGGCUGGCGACCUUGACCUCAGCAACAACCCAGCGCUGGUCAGCGUUGACUUUGCAAGCAUGCCCACUGUUGCUGGUGUGCUGACGAUUGCCCAGACUGUGUUUGAGAAUAUCCAGCCAGUGACUUCACGGGCAACGCUGCGCAUCAUCCCCGACAACAACCAAGAGCACAUUUCCUUCGGCCGUCUCACACAUGUCAACGGCAGCCUGCUGCUUGCAGGCAAUAGCUAUACCUCCAUCGACCUUGGCGCGCUAUCGGUUGUCACGGGUGACCUGGUCCUGAACGACAACAGCAUCACCAGCUUCGACCUCGCCAAUGUGACACAUGUUGGUGGCCGCCUCGAUCUUGGAAACAACUUUGAUCUUCACACCAUCAACUUCCGUGACCUGACCCUGAUUGGCGGUGACCUUGACUUGAGCGUCAACCAACUCUCCUCCAUCCUGUUUGGCAGCAAACUCACCUACAUCGGUGGCUUCCUCGAUGUCAGCGACAACGUCCUGACCAGUAUUGACUUUGGCCUGAUAACGCAUGUGGGUGGCGAUCUUCGUGUCCACGCCAACGUCGGCAUCACCACGCUCGACUUGGGUCUCAUCGAGCAUGUGCGUGGUGACCUGGACCUGAGCGACAACAACCUGCAGAGUGUCACGUUUGCUCGUCUUCGCAGCGUCGGCGGCAAGCUCGAUCUCACUAUUCCAACGCUGACCCAGGUUGACUUUAGCAUGAUCAGCAGCGUGGGCGAUUACAUUUUCCUCCAGCACAACGACCACAUCACCAGCCUGAGCUUCCCGAACAUGACGCAAGUGGGUGGCGGCAUGUACUUUCAGGAAAACGAGCAACUCACCAGCAUUGACUUCGGAAGCAUCACAAGUGUUGGCGGCUUUGUUGCCCUGAGUAACAACCCAUCUCUCACCAACCUUGACUUUGGUGACCUCACGGAGAUCAAAGGCUCUCUCCUUCUGCAGUCGUGCACAUCGCUGAGUAACAUUGACUUUGCAUCCAUCACGUCGAUUGAGGAGAAGAUUUACGCAACUGGCACUGCCAUCACUCGUCUUAACUGCAAAGGUCUUGGCUCAUGCGUAGCUGUUGGUUCUGGUGUCACCACAAAGAACUGCCCAGACGCUUGCUGAGGUGUGUGUGUGUGUGUGUGCGUGUGGGUGUGCGUGCGUGUGUGUGUGUGUGUGUGUGCGCGCGCGCGCGUGUGGGUGGGUGUGGGUGUGUGCGCGCGCGCGUGUGGGUGGGUGUGGGUGUGUGGGUGGGAGUGUGGCUGUGUGUCUCUUCAAAGUUUCCCUCUCUUUGUCUUCGCUUUCUUCUGGUGUUGCAUUUGCUUUUGUGCUCGUGAUGGGUUUGACUGUGAGUGAAAUCAAAACACAAACGCAAGCAGGGAC